CUGGCCUCCAGGCACGUGGCGCUGCUGGCGCUGCUGAAGUUGGUGCCGCGCUGGCUGGCGGCCAUGUUGGUGCGCAGCCGCCUGCUGCACUGCCUGUCACCCAUCUUCCGCAUGGCGGCCACCAGCCACAGCGAGGCGGCGGCCCGGCUGACGGCCAACCAGGACCUGCGUGCCCUGCUCAGCUACCUCUUCUAUGGCACUGCACCCCGGGACUCCAGCUUCCUGGUGAACGUGCUGAUGGUUCACCACUACCAGCGCGGCGCCUGGUACCCGCGGGGGGCCAGCGAGAUCGCCUUCCACACCGUGCCCCUCAUCGAGCGCGCAGGGGGGGCCGUGCUGGUGCGUGCUGCUGUCACACGCAUCCUCGUCUCUGAUGGCACCGCUGUGGGGGUGGCUGUGCAGAAGGGCGGUGAGGAGGAGGAGGUGGAGAUCCGGGCACGUGUUGUCAUCUCUGAUGCUGGCACCUUCAACACCUUCGGCAAGCUGCUGCCCGCCCCGCUGCGCGCCCAUCCCGCCAUCCGCUCCCGCCUGGCCAUGGUGCAGCACGGGAUGGGCUCCUUCCUGGUGUUCGUGGGGCUGCGGGGCAGCGCAGCUGAGCUGGACCUGCCAGCCACCAACUUCUGGAUCUACCCUCACAACGACCUGGACGCCAUGAUGAGCAAAUAUGCUGCCCUGAGCCGCGAGGACGUCCCUGAGAACCUGGCCAUGAUGUUCAUCACCUUCCCUGCUGCCAAGGACCCCACCUACGAGGAGCGGCACCCAGGCCGCUCAUGCAUGACCAUCCUGACCAUGGCACGCUACGAAUGGUUCGAGGGCUGGGCAGGGACUCUUCCCAGGCACCGUGGGGACGAUUACCUGCGCUACAAGACCGACAUCGCCCAGCGCCUGCUGCAGCGCGCGCUGCUGCGCUUCCCCCACCUCCGCGACAAGGUGGAGUUCGUGGAGGCGGCGUCGCCGCUCAGCAAUGCGCAUUACCUGGCGGCGCCGCGCGGGGAGAUGUACGGCGCUGAGCACGACCUGCGGCGCUUCAGCCCCGAGGUGGUGGCAGCCAUGAGGGCGGACACCCCUGUCAGGAACCUCUACCUGACGGGGCAGGACGUGUUCAGCUGUGGGCUGGCAGGGGCUGUUCAUGGGGCGCUGCUUUGUGCCUCGGCCGUGCUGGGCCGUGUGCUGUAUGUGGAUCUGCUGCGGCUCAAGAGGAGGGAGAAGGCAGCAAUGCGGGGUGCGAGAGCGGGGAGUGCAGCACAGUGA